UUCCUGAACGUAGACGAUAACAGCCACAAUCUUCUGGUCUGCUCUCAACACGCUGCGCAUCUGUUUCCCUCGCUGCAUUUUUGAGUCAUCGUCUCAAGAGAGGGUGUGGUGGACUGUGGGACACAUGCAAAGACAACAGUCGCACUUAUAUAGGUUUUCAGUAUUAUCCUAGUCUACUUGACACUAGCUAUCAUGAUCGAGAAUAAACUGGCCUCUUUUGGGAAGAUGCUGGUGAGGCGUCGCAUGCUGGACACCACACAGGACGAAAGUCGCUUCUCUCGCUGUCUCACCACUCUGGACCUCAUAGCUCUUGGUGUGGGGGCAACACUGGGUGCAGGUGUCUAUGUCCUGGCUGGGGAAGUGGCCAGGGAGAAGGCUGGACCAGCCAUUGUGCUUUCUUUUCUCAUUGCAGCCUUGUCUUCUGUCCUCGCUGGCUUGUGCUAUGCUGAAUUUGGAGCACGAGUUCCUAAAACAGGAUCUGCUUACAUGUACAGUUACGUGACAGUGGGUGAAAUAUGGGCCUUCAUCACGGGAUGGAACCUCAUUCUGUCAUAUGUAAUAGGCACAGCUAGUGUGGCCAGAGCUUGGAGCUCAACUUUUGACAAUCUGGUGGAGAAAAAGAUCUCUAUUUUCUUCAAUGGCUCCAUGUCAUUUCCAGACACCGGAAAAGUGUUAGCUGAGUAUCCGGACAUAUUUGCCCUCAUCCUGGUCAUGUUGCUCAGCGGAUUAUUGGCAUUUGGAGUGAGUGAGUCUGCACUUGUCAACAAGAUCUUCACAGGAAUCAACCUGGUGGUUCUGGCAUUUGUCAUAAUUUCUGGCUUUGUGAAAGGCAAUUCUGCCAACUGGAAUCUCACUGUGAAGGACUACAUUAACAGCACCAAACACUUUCAAACAGCACAAGAAAUUGAAAAAGGCUUUGGCUCGGGGGGCUUUGCACCAUUUGGCUUUAAUGGAAUCCUUUCUGGUGCUGCCACAUGCUUUUAUGCAUUUGUGGGUUUUGACUGUAUUGCCACUACAAGCGAGGAGGCCAAAAACCCCAUGCGUUCCAUCCCCAUAGGCAUCGUAGCCUCUCUGCUUAUCUGUUUUUUUGCCUACUUUGGAGUUUCUGCAGCCCUCACCCUCAUGAUGCCCUAUCACAUGCUGGAUGUUCAAAGUCCACUGCCCGAGGCCUUCAAAUAUGUGGGCUGGGGCCCUGCUCGCUAUAUUGUGGCUUUGGGCUCUCUAUGCGCCUUAUCCACCAGUUUAUUGGGCUCUAUGUUCCCUAUGCCUCGUGUGAUUUAUGCUAUGGCUGAGGACGGUUUGCUCUUCCGUUUCCUCUCCUGGAUGCACAAAAAAACCAAAACACCUGUCCUGGCCACCAUUGUGUCUGGCAUUGUAGCAGCUCUGAUGGCCUUCCUCUUUGAUCUCGCUGCCUUAGUGAAUUUGAUGUCGAUUGGGACACUGCUGGCAUAUACUUUGGUUGCCGUGUGUGUACUCAUUCUCCGAUACCAGCCAGGCAGACUUGGCUCCAGUGGUGCGGAUGAGAAGCCAGUGGAACUACAACGGCUGGAGGCAAAGGGGGCCAUGGCAGAUGUGGAUAGCGGGGAUAAGUACGGCAAGAAGCUAGAGACAACAGCCUUUAAAGAGAGGUUUUCCAUCCGAUUGCUGGUGCAACCAAGCUGUGAUGAACCUACCAAAAUUUCAGGCAUCAUUGUUUACUCGGUGACGGGCAUGAUCUCUGUACUUUUCACUUUGCUGUGUGUGGUGCUGGCAGUGUAUGGGGAGCAGGUGGGGAAGGGCUGCCCUUUUUGUAUUACUGUGGUUGUUGUCCUAUCUAUUCUCUCCUUCAUCUGCAUCUUCAUCAUCUGGAGACAGCCCCCGAGCAAGGAGAUCCUCACUUUCAAGGUGCCUUUUCUCCCCAUUCUGCCAUUGAUCAGUAUCUUUGUAAACAUUUACCUCAUGAUGCAAAUGGAUGGACCUACAUGGAUUCGUUUCGCAGUAUGGAUGGCUAUUGGUUUUCUUAUUUAUUUUGGAUAUGGAAUAAGGAAUAGCUCUGAGGGUAAAAACAAUUCCCCACAAAAAUGUGAGCCCAUUCUUCAAGGAAAGAGGCCAAUCUAUCUGACUGAAGAUGACCGUGAACUUGAGGAGGCCACACCCUAAGAGGAGGAACUUCAUUGGUAUGGCAGCCACGUUACAACUGUUUAUACUGCAAUUUCAUAUUGGCACCAUAUGUUUCUUCUGAAGUCUGUUUAGUAGGCAAACUGUAUAUUUCAUUUUAAGUGCUUGCCUUGUGUCAAUGCACAAUGGUACUGUAACAAUGUUACUGAUGUAUGUCUGAACUUCUCUUCAUAAUUAACCGUAUUUUGUCUAGUCCUACAUGGACUUUGAUCUGGUAAUGGAAAAACAAAACGGAAGAGAGUUCCACAGUUUUGGAACAAAAGAAGAGAAGGCCCUGUCACCCAUAGAAUGUAGACUAGUAGAAGGAAGGAGGAGGUGACUCCUUUUUCCCAUAGUGAAUCGAAAUAUGUCAUUCAAAAUCAUUGUUAUUGGACCAUAGAGAAUUGGGAAUGUGUAAUAUAUUUAUUGAAAUAACAUACUUUAAUUUAUUUUGAACUCAAAACGUCUUAUACUUGAUUUUAUAAAAUUGAUAUGAUGGACAAAGUGACAAAUGGAAAAUAUUUAUCGAGCUGCAAUGGAUUUUAUAAGUAGUUUUCUGUGUAAAAUUAUAUUCUUGUAUAUUGUGUAUAUAUUUGGAUAUAUUUAUGUACUGGUAUGGGGAAAUGUUUUAAUGUUUAGGUAUAGUAAUAUGUCUGCUAAAAUAUUUUUUUAGCAUAGCAAUUUUCUCUAACCAGCUGUACUUAUUUGAGAUGUUAUGGAAAAAUAGGAAAUAACCUUGUCUUAAAUAUUCUUGAAUGUAAAAUCAAACAUUAUCUAAAGGGAUUUUUAUAUUUAUAAAUUGGGUGGUAAACAAAGUUACAUUUUUCAUUUAAAGCAUCAGUAUCUAAGCCAAGGGCUCUUAUUUUUUUAUGCAAUAUUUUUCAUUCCAUAGUAGUUAUCUUAAGAUAACAGUUUAUGCUGCUUUUAUCAUGUUUUUUGUAAAAACUUGCUUUAUAAAUGCUGUUUAUUCUUGAAGGGAAAAAGAAUAUUUGUAUGCUGAGAUUUUGGUACUUUCUGUGACGUCUUUAGUAGCUUAUGUGUCUUCUGCCGGUAUGUGGUAUUUUUAACUGACAUGAGCAUUGAACCAGAAGGAUGUAUGGCUCUUAACACUACAGAGUUGUUUGUGCAGUAUAUCUUACAGAAGUCAGUACUGUGUGCUGCAAGCGUGUGACUCUUUGAUAGCAUUAAUCUGUUUUACAGUUAACAUUAAAACAAAGAUGCAGUGUAAUCAAGCUGGAGCCAUUUCUUCUAGUGUACUAAAAAUCAUAUGUGUUACAAAGCUGAGUUAUGAUGUGUCCAACAAAGUAGAAUGAACUUUGAGCAGAUGUGGCCUUCUCACCUUAUAAUAUAUCCAUUUAGAGGAAUAACAUUGCCUAGGAAGUUGUUUACAUGGCUCACUGCUCUGACUAUAGCCUAGCCUAGCUAUUGCUGUGAGUUAUUACUUUGUAUUGUAAUGGAACAGACACCACUGUUUACUGUAUUGUAAAACUAAUGGUUACAUUUUCAUGGACAUAUUUUCCUUUGUAUAUAGCCUUCUUGAUGUUAUUAUUAUUUGCAACGUUGUAAACAAUAAAAAAAUAAAUAAAGAAUA